UUUUGGUUGAGCGGGGUUCCGUCGCCAUGGUGACCAAUAGACAUCAACAACACGACGGUCGACAUGGCAUCUGAGACUAAGUUUUCCUUCAACCUCCUCCCAACCAAGACAUUUUCCUUCCUUCAGGACAAAAGCACGCUACAACUACUCAUGAAAUGGUCCAUGCUAGGGCGCAUCUCAGCCCAGGCCUUCAGCUUUGACCAGAACUUCUACCCAUACAACAGCCACGACUUUACUCUGAGUUUCUUCAGAGACCCCUGUGUGCUGACCAACCUCAGGAAGAUGGAGGCUGGAGCCUGGGUUACUCUGGAUAGUGAGGGCCAGUCCUGGUUACCUGGAUCAACAGAGGGUGAGGUGGUGUGUGUACAGGCAGAGGUAGUGCCGUGCAGUAAGGUCAGUAUGGAGAUGUUUGACCCUCUCUACUCCAGUGGAAUCAUCACAUCCUCUGGACACAUCACCAAAUGUUUCCAUGACACACACCCUGACUACGACCUACUGAGACAGAUGUUGCAGGAGGAUGGCAGUGAGGAGUAUGGAGUGAUGGAGAGGAGAGAGUUCCUGUUCCUAGUGUUUAAACACAUGACUCUGGGAGGAGAGCUGUGUCAGUAUGAAGAUACCAUCAACCCCUACAUAGACACCACCAGAACCAUUUAUAGGGAUCUGGUCAGUGUUCAGAAGAAUCCAGAGAGCAAGGAGAUCAGUGUGGUUUCCACUGUCAUCAAAGUCUCUGCUUUGGAUGCAUCCGGUGUGUGUUACCCAGCCAGAGAAGAAGAGGAUCAGUCAUUCUCCUACCUCAUAGUGGACCCCUUCAGAAGACAUGUCUAUGUGUUCUACCACUGUUAUGGAGUAGGCGCCUUCACACUGUAACAUACACACACACCAAUCCAAUGUUUUGGACAAUCUGGUAGGGGGAGUGAAUGAGUUCCUACUUCAGGGAGAAUGAGGAGAAGCUGAGUUGGUCGAUUGUCUCAGUAAGUGGCCUGCUAGGAUGGACUGUUCCGUCUACAACUACUGUCGGACUGUUCCGUCGACAACUACUGUCUGACUGUUCCGUCUACAACUACUGUCGGACUGUUCCGUCGACAACUACUGUCUGACUGUUGCGUCUACAGCUACUGUCGGACUGUUCCGUCUACAACUACUGUCGGACUGUUGCGUCUACAGCUACUGUCGGACUGUUCCGUCUACAACUACAGUCGGACUGUUCCGUCUACAGCUACAGUUGGACUGUUCCGUCUACAACUACUCUCAGACUGUUCUGUCUACAACUACUCUCAGACUGUUCCGUCUACAACUACUCUCUGACUGUUCCGUCUACAACUACAGUCGGACUGUUCCGUCUACAACUACAGUCGGACUGUUCCGUCUACAACUACUCUCUGACUGUUCCGUCUACAACUACAGUCG